AGACGAGAUUAUACGUGAUGUCAAUAUUAGUCAUACGCCAUUUUUGCAGGAAGAAAAGAAAUCAUUAGGAAAUCGGUGACGAAAAAUCCCGUGACACUCAGCAAGAUUGGUUUAAAAACACACACUUCUUGGCAGCUUGAAAUAGAAUUAUCUGAGAAGUAGUUUUACAAAGAUGGGUUGUAUUUUAGGCAGCCUCGCAUGCUGCUGCGGGUCUGCAGCGUGCAGUCUGUGCUGUGCAGCAUGUCCGUCGUGCAAAAACUCGACUGCCACACGCAUUGCGUACGCGCUGACUCUGUUGCUGGGUUCAGUGAUUGCUUGUAUAUUCUUGGCACCUGGACUACAACAACAGCUUGAUAAGAUACCAUAUCUCUGUGACCCUGGGUUUCUAGCUACACAUGCUUUAGUGGACUGUACUAGAGUGGUGGGCUAUGCCUCUGUCUACAGGGUCUGCUUUGCCAUGGCUGCGUUCUUCUUCCUCCUCAUGCUGAUCAUGAUCAACGUGAAGACAUCGAAGGACCCGCGUGCUGGCAUACAGAAUGGGUUCUGGGGUAUCAAGAUCCUGGUCCUGAUUGGAGUUGGGGUGGGAGCUUUCUUCAUCCCAGGUGGCGCCAAUGCUAUAGUCUUUAUGUGGUUUGGCAUGGUCGGCGGCUUUCUGUUCAUUAUUAUACAGUUGAUCUUGCUGAUAGACUUUGCACACUCGUGGAAUGAGAAGUGGGUGGGCAAUUACGAAGAGAACGAAAACAAAGGGUGGUUCGCAGGGUUGUUGUUUUUCACCAUCGUGUUCUACUUGGUAGCAAUCACUGCAGUGGUGUUGUUUUACGUGUUCUACACAUCAGGAGGGGACUGUUCACUGCACAAGUUUUUCAUCAGCUUCAACCUGAUCCUGUGUGUGGUGAUCUCAAUUGUGGCCAUCUUACCCAAAAUACAGGAGGCCCAGCCUCGCUCUGGUUUGCUACAGGCGGCCAUCAUAACGUGCUACGUGAUGUAUCUGACAUGGUCUGCCAUGAGCAACAACCCAGACAAACUGUGUAACCCCAGCCUGAGCUCUAUCCUGGACGGCACCUACAACAAACAGAACAGCACCGCCUCUGCUGGUGACCUCACCGGCACCCCACAUUUUGACGGAGAGAGCAUCGUGGCACUGUUGAUUUUCUUGCUGGCUGUGCUGUACUCUAGCAUUCGCUCCAGCUCCAGCAGCCAAGUUGGGAAGAUUACACUGAGUGGGGGUACAGAGAACACUUACCUGAAGGAGAGCUCAUCAGACGAGGCCAUGCUGGGGGCUAAAGAAGGAAACACCAACAGCGGAAACGAUGACGAGGAGAGUGGACGUAACACCUACGACAACGAGGAAGAGGGCGUGGCUUACAGUUACUCCUUCUUCCACUUCAUGAUGAUGCUUGCCGCUCUCUACGUAAUGAUGACCUUGACCAAUUGGUACAGGCCCAGCUCUGACUUGAGCUCCAUGAAUGCUAACCAGCCGUCUAUGUGGGUGAAGAUAUCAAGCAGUUGGCUGUGUAUUGUACUCUAUCUCUGGACCCUCAUUGCUCCAGUUGUUCUGCCAAACAGAGACUUUGAUUAAGAAGAAAAAAAAAUGGAAAUUUAAUAACACCUACCCAACACAGACUUUGACUAAGAAAGAAAAAAUCUGUAAAUUCAACAACUCCUGCCCAACAGAGACCUUGAUUAAGGAUUAAGACUUCAAAAUUUGGGAAUUAAAAAACACCCAAGAUAAUCAUGGUGAAGACUGAGAAAUUGGGAAUUAAUACUAAAAGAUCUUCUCUAAUGAGUGUUUGGUGUAUUAACUAUCUGGCCAACUCUGGUUUUGACUGAGAACUAAAAACUUGGGAAUUUAAAAUCCAAGACUUAUCUGAUAAACUGAGAACUUCGAAAUAAAAGCCAAAAGAAACUGGAGGAAGAACUCAAAAAAUUGGGAAUUGAGACCCGAGGAAGUUCUCUACAUUUCUAAGUGUUUAAUGUGCAUAGCCUGUCUGUCCAGUGGAGAUAUUGACUAAGACUGGAGGUAUUGUGAAUAAAAUACUGUGGAGCUCUCUAUAUAAAGUGUAUAUUGUAUAACCUAUAAACACAGUUUUCAACACAUUUCAACCUUCAAGAGUUAUUAUCAACCAUAGACUGUGACAAACGGCGGAGAGAUUUGGAAUUCAAACCAAAAGAAACUUUUCUAUUUAUUUAAUAAAUGUGAUGUAUAACUUA